GCAGAGUGAGUAGCCACGGUGACGACGGGGCAGCGCCUGCGAUGCGGUUCUGCUGCAACGUAGCUCCUCUCCUGGCCUCCUCCUUCUUCUUCUCCCCUCCGCAGCACUCUCCCUCCAAUCAACACCUCGUCGCCUCCCUCCUCCUGCUUUCUGUUUCCCUCUGCAACGUGCUGCUCAGCAUGGCGCCAAUUCGUACUGCAUCCUCGGCAUCCAGCCACCUUGCUGUUCUUUUUUAUCUCUAGGUCGCCACCUCGCCUUCCGGUCAGCCCCUACGAAGCCCCCCGCCUUGAUCCGAAUGCUUUUGCACGAACUCCACUUCACGAGCCGCUCUUUUGCUCGGUAUCAGAAACCGAGGAAAGCUAUAAACUGGGGUGUAUGUCGUGAAGACGGGGAGUGGUUGUGACAAAGAUGGCAUCGGAUCAAUCAGGCGGUGUGUUCCAGCCGCAGGACGUUCCUACCGAAUUCACACUGCUGAAGAAUCCAGAGCAGCUGGAGACGCCCACUGUCGAUGUUAAACCUCGUCAGGAUGAGAAUCUCACGAUGCGCGCUGUAGAGUUCCACGCCAAGAUGCAAACAUUCGCUCUUCCUUCUCUUACAUUUCGGUGACUCUGUUCAACAAUCUGUAUCACUGCUUUACCGUGGUUGCCUGGAGCUACAAUUCAGCGAGAUACUGCGAUUACCAGUCAACCAUGAAUGAUUUACCUUCAACGAGCUCAAUUGUGCUUAAUUGAGGAUUUUCAAUUUUUCUUCAUGCAGAAAGACAUGCGGGUUUUCGAGCGACCCAAGUGCAGCGUCACAGAUCCUGCGGAUGUGGUCCUCAAAGUGACAACCACCUUCAUUUGUGGCUCGGACCUUCACAUGUACUGCGGGUAUAUGCCCGGCAUGAAGAGUGGGGACGUUGUUGGCCAUGAGUUUAUGGGAAUUAUUGAUGAGGUCGGUCCGGGAGUGAAGAAUUUUAAGAAAGGUGAUCGCGUUGUAGCGUCGGCCCUGAUUGCCUGCUUUAAUUGCUGGGCCUGCAAGGAACAGAGCUUCUCUCUUUGCGAGACGACCAAUCCUAGUAAGGAAACUAGUGUGGCAUGUGGGGACAGGACUGGAGGGAUUUACGGAUAUUGUCACCUCACCGGUGGCUACGAUGGUGGUCAAGCGGAAUACGUUCGAGUUCCGAUGGCCGAUAAUAACCUGCUACUGGUACCAGACGGUCUUAAAGACGAGCAAGUCAUUUUCCUCUCCGAUAUUCUGCCCACUGGGUGGCACGCCAACGAACUGGCCCGCGUGGGUGAAGGAGACAACGUGGCCAUCUGGGGUUGUGGUCCAGUUGGAAUGAUGGCAGCUACCAGCGCAUUUAACAGAGGUGCGAAUCGCGUAGUCGUAAUCGACAGUCAGCAAUAUCGACUCGACUUCCUGAAGUCGAAUCUUCCCAAAGUGGAGACCAUCAAUCGCAACGACAAGAAGGUCUAUUCUGCUUUGCGGGACUUGUUCCCCCAUGGCCCAGACGUUGCUAUUGAAGCUGCUGGGUUCCAUUACGUGCCAAACCCUCUUCACAAAGUGGAGGUUGCUGUCGGGAUGGAGACCUACACCUCAGAGAUCAUCAACGAGCUCAUUUACUGCGUUCGUAAGGGAGGUCGUAUUGGUAUUGUAGGCGACUACAUUACCUAUUGCAAUCACUUCAACCUGGGAGCUUUCAUGGAGAAGGGCCUCACCAUGGCUGCUGGUCAAGUGUACAUCCAUAAGUACUGGCCGACUUUGUUAUCCAAGAUUGAAUCUGGAGAGAUUGAUCCAUCCUUCGUCAUCACUCACACACUGCCACUUGGAGAAGCACCCAAGGGAUACCAGAUUUUUGACGACAAGGUUGAAGGAUGCGUAAAGGGCUUCCAAGAUGAUAAAAAGCCGUAGAGCUGGAUCCGUGCAAAAGCAGCCUGCACACGGCUUAAUAGUAGAGAAUCGUAAAUAAAGUACUCAUCCACUAGAAGUCCAUAUACGAUGAAAGUGGUCGUAAUUAUUGACUGCUGACCAAGACAUGAAACUUAGUUUCAAAACGGCGAAAAGGCAUUUGCGGUAACAUGCUCCAACGAAAACGAAAGCUGCCUUAAUGUACACUAUUUGGAAAGAUGAGGGCACGUUCAGCCAACUUUCCAAAUCAUCUUAUCAUUUUCCACCACAAACGAACCGGUGAUGAUCAUCAAUUACCCUGUAGAGUGAAAAUAUACAACCGACUUCCUGGGCAAUCACAUCUGAAGCUGGUAAGCGAUAGGUAGCCUUCACCUAAUACACGUGCGAUACGGAUUUUCAUUUACCGAAAGAAAUAUGAGCUCUACAUAAGUAAGCACUUCCGACUUGAACCGCAACCAAUUUCAACAUUUUUUAUCACUGUAAUUGAUGUUACAUAUGAAAACGGUUUUGGCUA